UGACAAAUGACAGCCGAUUCAGCUGUUCACUAUUUUUGCUAACCAACAAUUUUAACAUAGAUUAACACAAAUAAUCAUAUAAUGACCAUUUUACUGUGCAUAAGUGAUUUAUCAAAACAUAAAGAAUUCAAAGAAAUCGAAAGUAAUAAUAACGUUAAAACACUGCCAAGAAAACAAUUUUGGGAACGAGCUAUAACUUUAAGAACUCAAAACGAACCCACAGUAAUCGAUGCAGCUGGCAAAGAUAAGACGCGACGUACACUGCGCCGUUUAAUGAUCGAAAUAGAUGGUAUCAAUGCCUUCUAUCUGGUGCGUGAGUUGCAGCAGUUUACACAAUUUCGUUUGUUGUUAAGCACGAAUCCUGCUUUACGUGGUGUUGAUGUACUUUGGUUACAACUGAAACAACCAAACAAAGAAGUAAUCGACUAUAAAUGGAAUCGCAUGCUAGCGCAUUCAUUAUGGGAACGUAUUGAAGUGGAGUAUCUAAUGUCUUGGCUAUCUACGCUGGGUGGUGGUUACUCUGCACUGGGCGAGCAUUUUACCAAAUGCGCGGAUAUUGCUGGAAAAAUAUCAUUGCGUCAACUGGAUAUCGGGCUACGACUUGGUGAUCCAUUCCUACAAGCACGCUGCAAGUUGUAUUAUAGCAUCUCAUUGAUACAAACUGGUCAACUAAGACAAGCUAAAUAUAUCAUACGGGAACAAUAUAAAUUCGCUAGAAAACAGAAGGAAGUUGAUGGACGUUUGGUUAAAAUGUGUCAAGGCAUUUGGUUGCGUUUACAAUAUGAGUACUUUUUGCGUUUACGAAGUAAACAGAGCGCAUCGAAUUUUGUUGGUUUUGUAUGAUAAUGACUUUGUUUCUUCUUUGUUGUCUAUUGAAAAUUAUUUUCCACAUUGUGUUUUUAUAUGAAAACCACAGCAUAGAGAUCAAAGUUCAAUAUGUAUUGAAAUUUGCGCAAAUGAACAUGUAUGUAUGAUAAAGUAUUUUAUAAAUAUGUUUUAAUUUGUUGGAAUGCAACGAGUGUGAGAAAUAAACCGUUACGAAUUGAUGCAUAUUACUUUAAACA